UCCUGUUCUGGAAAUGGAGGUCGAUUUGCAAUAUUUUUAUUUUUGCAUUGUCUGUCUUUUGUUACAGUCUAUCGUCUGACAGUAGGCUGUGAACUACAUUCCCCAUGAUGCCUCGCGGUGCGCGUGAAAGUCUCUCAGCAGUGGAAUGUUUGGAAUGCGUUUCCUGUGUUUGGCAUCAUGAGCGCGAGAGACGCGCAGCUCCGUUCUUCAGCUCAGUGUCCGCGCUUUUCCGAGUGUUUCGGCGGAUCUCCUGUCGUCCAGUCCCGCAGAAGAGCUGCAUGAGCGGCUCCGAGGCGCUGCAGUGAUGGCUGAGCCGCUGCUCAAACGAACCUUCUCCAAACUCCGCGCGAAGGAGCGAUUCCGCCGCAAGACGGACCCCAAACUCACCGAAGUGACAGGGAAAGUGGACCUUUUCCAAAAUUCUUCAUCAACUGCAUCCACCUCAGGCCACGCUGAGACAGAGAGCUCCACCGUGGAGGAGUGCACCAGACGCUCCCAGAUCACCGUCUCCAAAAAACAGAACUGGGCCAAACUUCCUUCCACGAGCAGAGAGCCAGCCAGCACAGAUUUGUGUACGAGCCUGGUCUACGGGCCGCAGGACUGGGAUUUAUGCUCAGGAAAGGCUGAGGUCUCAAAACAGGACUGGAGCCAAAGGACUUUAAGUGAGGAUGGCUUGAAGAGGAAGCGUAAUGAUCUGGAAUUGGAGUUUGGAUAUUCCAGGACACCGUGUGAUUCGGUUGACGCCGGUUUACCGGAGUUGACCGCUGCAUCUACAGCUUAUGUGGAUGUGUGUGUGCCUUCUAGCUCAGCGAAGAUCUCUGGGCAAGGUGCCUACCUUCAGCACCUGGACAGGAGUAGUCGAGCCUGGGUACUGUCCACCGGGAAGCCUCAGGCGUCAGAUGAAGUCCUCCCAACCAGAAUCACAGAGUGGCGACAGGGCCCAGAUGGAGAUGGGAACAUUUGGUACAACCCCAUUCCUGAAGAGGAUGAUUCGAGGGCCAGCGGAGGAGCGAAUCAGGAAAAAUACGGAGAUCCAUGGAGAAGGAGAGAAACGGAAGAAUUGGCAAAGGAGAAAAGAGACCAGAAACGAUCAGGGGGUUUGAGUCCCACCGGUGUCCAUCAAAUGAGAGAGAUUCAAACGGAGGCCGACGUCAUCAGGGCGGAUAGUUCGGAUCUGGUUGUGCUACAGUCAGAAUGUGUUAGCUCUACUAGCGGUGUGAACUCUGACAGUCCCGGGGCGUCAAAGAAAAGCCCAGGAGAGGGUGGAAGUGGAAACAGUGUAAUCGACAGGAUCAAGUCUCCAGGAACAGUGCGAAGGCUUUCUAUGAAGAUGCGCAAGCUUCCGGAACUAAGGAGGAAGCUUAGCCUACGCUCGUCCCGUAAUCAGCGCCACGGACAAGGGAAUGCCAGUGGUGCACCAGGAGCAUCCGACGAGGCUUCACCACCAAAUGCACGCAAGGAAUCAUCCAACGUCAUCAGCAAGUACCACCUGGACUCCAGUGCACCCGCAAGGCCAAGGCGUCGAUCCUCUCGAACGCGUUCUGCUAGUAAAGGAGGAUAUCUUAGCGACGGAGACUCACCUGAACUCCUGCCAAAGGGUCAGGGGCCCAAAGGGUCACCUAGACCACCACCGCACGGUGGACCGCAGGAUUCCCUGGCUGUGGCAGACGCAGAGUCGUUCCGCUUGUACUCGCUGGCCGAUCAGCCUCGCUGUGCACAGAGACUUUCAGGGCUGCUCACAGUGCAUCUGCUGGGCGUCGACGAGCUCCUACGAUCGCCUCGGACCGACGCUACUAAAGAAGUUUUCUGCGCCAUUCAAGUGGACGGGGUGACCCGAGCUCGGACGUCCCUGCUCACCUGUCGAGGGUCGAGUCUCCCGUUAAACCACACCUUUAAUUUGGAGCUUGAGAGGGCGCGGCUGCUCAAACUGGUCAUCUUGACGCCAACGACUGUUAGCACAAACAACGGUUCUUCAGCGCCUGCCGCUCCCGCACGUAACCGGGUGUGCUGUCUGGGUGCUGUGGCUAUACCGCCCCUCUUCAAGGCUUCUCGCAGUCAGCAGCUGUGUGUCCGUCUGGAGCCUCGCGGGUUGCUGUAUGUGAAGUUGACCCUUCUGGAGCAUUUCAUGACCCCGUUCCCCCGCCUCAGUGACCUGACUCCCCCUAAUGUGUUCGGGGUGGAGCUGCGCCGCCUGGUGGAGAAGGAGGCGUCUGCGCUCAAAGUGCCUCUGAUCAUUCAGAAGUGUGUUUCUGAGAUCGAGAGGAGAGGACUGAGGGUUGUGGGAUUAUAUCGUCUUUGUGGCUCCGCAGCGGUGAAGAAGGAAUUGCGGGAUGCGUUUGAGAGGGACAGUGCAGCGGUUACCUUAAACGACGAGCUCUAUCCCGACGUCAACGUCAUUACCGGCAUUCUGAAGGACUACCUGCGUGAGCUGCCGUCUCCUCUCAUCACGAGGACCCUGUAUGAGGUGGUGUUAGAGGCCAUGACGGUUCGACCGGCCUGUAGGAACGACAGCGACGCUCAGCGAUCACAAAACACCGUCUCGCUGCUGCAGUGUCUUCCUGAACCAGAGAGGGCGACUCUUUCCUUCCUGCUGGAUCAUCUGAGUCUGGUGGCGUCUUACAGCGACAGCAACCGAAUGACGUGUCAGAAUCUGGCCGUGUGUUUCGGGCCGGUUCUCCUGACGCCCACGCAAGAGUCGUGGCAGGCCGGGAUGACGGCUCCAGGGUCGGGGGCCCUGAUGGGGUCCGGGGCCGGUCGAGGAGGCCGUAGUUUUGCACACAGUGAAGAGAUCGCCAGCGCUGUGGACUUUAAACGACACAUUGAGGCGCUGCACUACCUCCUGCAGCUCUGGCCUGUACCCAAAGGAAGAGUGACGGACGACUCUUUGGCAUCCCAGAGUUCCUCGCUGCGCCGAUCUCAGCGCGUGCCGUUACGCGUGGAGCUCCCGUCGGUUCAGGACGUGGUGGUGGUUUCCCGCAGGGGGCGUGGCCGACUGGAGAGCCCGCCCUGUAACCGCUACGCCGGCGAUUGGAGCGUCUGCGGGCGGGACUUCCUGUCGAACGACGAGGCGGAUUACGACGAGGUGGCGGGCAGCGAGAGCGACGACGACAUGGAGGAGCCCAAGAAGAGGGACGUGUGGACGUCUCCCGACGGUUUGUACGUGGACGACUUCGCGCUCGACUUUGACGCUCCGUUCACGUGUCGAUUGAGUCUGAAAGACUUUGAUACUCUGAUUUCAGAUUUGGAGAGAGAGUUAGCCAAACAAAUCAACAUCUGCCUCUGAACCAGGACUGAAUGUGCGAAUUUUGACCAGCUGAGCGCUCGACAGACGCGUUUUGAAACGCAGCUUGGAGUUAAAAAUAGUGUUACUUUAAAAAACGCUUCUCGAGAGACUUGCGGUCUGUUGCGUGUGCAGUAUUGACACAAAACGACGACCACAAGUUGCCACAGAAAUGCCAACAUAACAGUCAAAAUUAAAAUAAAUAAUCUGUUUUCUGGAGCAUAAGUUGCACCGUUAAGAGAAGGAAAAAAACACAUGUAAGUUAUGUAUGUUACAUUUUAGAAUAAUGCAAAGUACAGAAAUAAUGUAAAAAAAACACUAAUUAAAAACAUUAUAAACAUAUUUUAGAUGUUAAAAAAAAAGUUAAUUGUGACUUUUUUCUCAGAGAAUUGUGAGAUUUAAAUAUUGCAAUUAACUUUUAUUUCGUUGCAGAAACAAUUGCAAACAAAAAAAUAGAAUUGUGAGAUAACUCAGAAUUCAGAGAAAUAAGUCAGAAUAGUGAGAUAUAAAUUUGGAAUUAACUUUUUACAUUUUUUGUUGUGGAAACAACUGCGAACAAAAAAAAAAUAGAAUUGCUUUUUUAUAAACUCAGAAUUCAGGGAUAUACACUCAGAAUUGUGAGAAAGUUAGAAUUUUAUUAGAAUUUAUGUCUUGCAAUUCUGGCUUUUUUCUUAGAAUUUUUAGAAUUAGAAAGUUUAUAUCUCAAUUCUGAGUUUAUAAAAAAAGCUAUUCUCAGAAUUGUGAGAAAAAAAGUCAAAAUUGUAAGAUAAAAAAUUGCAACUACUUUGUUUUUUUGUUUUCGUUUUUUGCUGUGGUGGAAACAAGCAUCUAUAAAAGUCACAGCACAUUUCUGAAUAUAUAAAAAUGCAGCAUAUUCCAGAAAAUAUGGUCGAUUUACUGAUUGAUACUUUAAAGGUUUUUUUUGACAUGCAGUAACUGUGUUUUCAUUGUUGGGUAUUUGUGCCCAAUCCUAGCAUUUAUGUGAGAACAUUUGUUAUAAAUCAGAAUUAAGCCAGAAUUGUGAGAAAUAAAGUUGAAAUUCGCUUUUAUACAUUUUUUUUUAUUUUAAUUGCAAAAAAAAAAAAAAAAUAGAAUUGUGAGUUAAGAACUCAGAAUUCAGAGGGAAAAAAUCUGAAAUGUGAGAAAGUCAGAAUUUAUAUCUCGCAAUUUUGACCUUUUCUUAAGAAUUUUGAGUUUAUGUCUCAAUUUUUAGUUUAAAAAAAAGAGCAAUUCUUAGAAUUGUGAAAAAAAAAGUCACAAUUGUAAGAUAAAAAGUUGCAAUUAUCUUAUGGCAGAAGCAAGCAUCCAUAAAAAUACAUCUUUUUUUCUGUGUAAAUGUGUAAAAGUCACACAUUUCUGAUUAUAUAAAAUGCAACAUAUUCCAGAAAAUAUGGUAGAUUUACUGAAUGAUAAAAAAUAUUUUUUUCUUGACAUGCAAUAAAUGUUUUCAUUGUUGGGUAUUUGUGCCCAAUCCCAGCAUUUAUGUGAGAACAUUUAAUAUAAGUCAGAAUUAAGUCAGAAUUGUGAGAUAUAAAGUUAAAAUUAGCCUUUUACAUUUUUUAAAAUUUUAAUUUGCAAAAAAAAAAUAGAAUUGUGAGUAAUAAAUAGACAUAUAAAUGCAGAAUUGUGAGACAGUCACAAAUUCUGAAUUUAUACCUUGCAAUUUUGACUUUUUUUUGAGUUUAUAUUUUAAUUCUGAGUUUAUAAAAAGAGCAGUUCUCACUAUUGUGGAAAAAGUCAAAAUUUGCUGCAAUUACCGUUUUUUUUUAUGGCAGAAACAAGCAUCCAUAAAAAUAUUUUUUUUCUGUGUGAACAUUUCUGAAUAUAUAAAAUGCAACAUAUAUUCCAGAAUAUACAGUAGAUUUGCUGAUUGACAAAAUAUAUUUUUUCCAAAGACUUUUUCUUGACAUGCAAUAAAUGUUUUCAUUUUUGGGUAUUUGUGCCCAAUCCCAGCAUUUAUGUGAGAACAUUUAAUAUAAGUCAAAAUUGUGAGAUAUAAAGCUGAAAUUAGCCUUUUACAUUUUUUUAAAUUUUAAUUUGCAAAAAAAAAAAAAAGAAUUGUGAGUAAUAAACCCAGAAUUCAGAGGAAAAAGUCAGAAUUGUGAAAUAUAAACUGAGAAUUCAGACAUAUAAACGCAGAAUUGUGAGACAGUCACAAAUUCUGAAUUUUUACCUUGCAAUUUUGACUCUUUCUUUUGAGUUUAUAUUUUAAUUCUGAGUUUAUAAAAAGAGCAAUUCUCGGUAUUGUGGGAAAAGUCAAAAUUUGUUACAAUUAGCGUUUUUUUAUGGCAGAAACAAGCAUCCAUAAGAAUAUUUUUUUCUGUGUGAACAUUUCUGAAUAUAUAAAAUGCAACAUAUAUUCCAGAAUAUACAGUAGAUUUGCUGAUUGACAAAAUAUAUUUUUUCCAAAGACUUUUUCUUGACAUGCAAUAAAUGUUUUGAUUGUUGGGUAUUCGUGGCCAAUCGUAGCGUUUAUGGUUCAUUUUGAGACGUGAGAGAAGAUUUGAUAGCAGCUACUGUAACAUAAUAUCAACAAGCACAAAAACUAUGGUUUUUCUUCAUUGUUCUUCUUGAGGGGAGACGCUUAUCGAUUAUUCUAACGAGCUGAAUAGUUCAUUAUAACGCCGUAUAAACACUAGCUGUUCAUGAGGUGCUGAUGCUGAAGGACGACGGCAGGCGUUUCGUCUGCGUUACGUUGGUGUGAAGUUUCUCUUAUUUAAAGCUCCGUGUACGACUUUUAUUCCAGAAGGCUGGUUUGUGACGACCAGCGGCGUUCGGGCCAAGAUUUCAUCACUCUUUCCACCGGGACAUUCCGUUACGUGCGUUUCUCUGCCAAACUCUCUCUGGCAGCGGCUGCAUGAAGCGCUUUUCUGACCAGCCUUAGUUUUACUUUCCUGCGUAAUGUUUAACGCUGAACGUAUUUAUUACAUUCCCUUGAGGUCACGUCAUAGGAACGUUCUGGGUUUGAUGUAGCCCGACGGCGUUCGUGAUGUAAUGUUGAUUUGAGUUUGAGAACGAGAAGCCAAAGUCAGUACGUGACAUAAUGGGGCCGAACUCUUCAGUAAUUGAUGUUAUUUAAAGGUUAAGCGUCUCAUUUCUAACACAAAUGGACAGCUUUUCCUAAACACUCAUCCUGUCUGUCAUAGGUCAGUCAGACUGAUAGCCCCGCCCCAAACUCACGUGAUUGGUUGAGUCAGUGUUUUAAAACUGUCACAGUGUGACAUUACACAGCAUUUGAACUCAUUGAGAAGUAACCAAAAAUAAUUCAAACGUUCGUUUAAAGCUGAAUUUGUGUUUGAGAUGCGAUUAGACAAUCAGUAAAAAUGACAGCUUGGUCACUGAUGUUCAAUA